CUAGCGCCGGCGGGGGGGAACGCGGUGAGUAGCCCCGUCGGGGUGGGACAGAGGAUUGACACUUAUGCCCACAUGAACGGCUGGACCAACGGGGCUUACUCACUGAUGCAAGACCAGCUGGGCUACAGCCAGCACCCGGGCAUGAACAGCCCCCAGCUGCAGCAGAUGCACCGCUACGACAUGACGGGCCUGCAGUACAGCCCCAUGAUGUCCACGGCUCAGACCUAUAUGAACGCUGCGUCCACGUACAGCAUGUCCCCCGCUGCCUACGGCCAGCAGCCCUCCACGGCCAUGAGCCUGGGCUCCAUGGGCUCGGUGGUGAAAUCCGAGCCCAGCUCGCCCCCUCCUGCCAUCACUUCCCACUCGCAGAGGGCCUGCCUGGGAGACCUGCGGGAUAUGAUCAGCAUGUACCUGCCCCCGGGGGGGGAUGCCACAGACCCUUCCGCCCUGCAGGGCAGCAGGUUACACAGCGUCCACCAGCACUACCAGAGUGCCGGGACUGGCGUGAAUGGUACCGUACCACUAACUCACAUAUAAACUUGGCUGCUCCGGACGGCUCCCCGUCUUAAUCUCUAACCCCAUCACCGCUCCCUGACUGCACCGGGACGUACAGCAGCGUUGCUCGGCUUAGCAGACUUAAUACUAACUUUGGAGAAAUUUUAAAAAGGAAAUCCGUUAGUUGUGUCUUUUUUUUUUUUUUUUUUUUUUUUUUUUGUACAAGGAAAAAAAAUGAGCAAGCUGUUAUUUUAUUAGAUCACAACUCCUGCCUCCUAGAAGCCGCUGUGGCGUUUUCAAACCACGGCAACUUCUUUCCUGGUUUCUGCUAGGUUGGGCAAUGUUUUAUUCGCUUAAAAGUUUUUAAAAGAUCUUGCGUCUUCCAGUUUGAUUUCUAGCGCUGCAAUGACAUAAAAAAAACCCCAACCUGGCGGGCUUUUGUUUUUAAACUCAGUUGUUCACGUUGUUGUUGUUUCUUAUGUGU